AUGUCGACGGGCGAAGGAUACGAGAAUUAUUAUAGCGUCAUAAAGGAGUUCAAUGCAAGACUUGGCGAUGAACUCACAAUACGCCCUGGUGAUACCAUAGAGCUCAUCAGCGAUGACAGUGAAUUUGGAGAUGGAUGGUAUAUGGGACGAAACUUGACAACCAACAGAGUUGGGCUUUAUCCAAAAGCAUUCACAAAAUCGGCCAAUGGACAAAGCAAAGGAAAGCCAUCAUUACUUAGAUCAAGAUCGAGGCGGACACCACUAAACAGCCCCGUCGCCGCCACUCCAUCGUCAGGAAUUUCUGAUUAUUCAUCGCUUAGCCAGCAUCAGAAGAUUGAAGAGUCUAUUUCUCCUUCUGUUACUGCAGAUCGACACAACAAUAUGGAAGGCAUUGUAACUAGAAAUACCGAGGAGACACCAUAUAGUCAAGUCCAUGAUACAAAUUUCAACAGGUACAUUUCGGUACACAGGACCCUAAGCGAUAUCGACAAAGCAUUGCAAGAACUGCAUUCCAACGAAUAUCCAAGCACUACUGAAAAUCACAGUAUACUUCUUGAUCCGGCAGAGGUGGCCAGCUGGACUCCGGAGCAGGUUACCCAAUAUUUUUCCGGCUUGAAUUUUGAUAUUGAAAGCGCGGGUCAAUUUGCCAGGCACAAAAUCAGUGGAGCUAUCCUACUUCAGCUGGAGCUACCGUACCUGAAAGAGCUUGAAAUUACAUCGUUUGGCACCCGGUUUGAAAUAUACAAAGAGAUAGAGGAAUUGAGACUUGCCUCCAAGAACAAAACGCACGGAAGGAGAAUUGUAUCCCCCAAUACUCGGUUAGGAAACCCAGAAGUUAAGGUAGCACCUCGUACUCAUGCGAGAAAGAGGUCACAAUCAAUGGACGAUAUUCUCAGAACAAGCAUUGGCGGAUCAAAAUCUAGCGUUGGAAAUUCUCUAGAUUUCAAACAAUCAUCAAGGGAUACUUUGGAGGUUGAUUCGAAGCUUCAGAGUUAUAUUGAGACACCAAGCGAUAAUGAUAGUGAGCCGGAACAGGAAUUCAGUACACCUACAGGGCUUUUUGAAUCUCCGAGAAAAGCACCACAGCCACCUUCUCAUGCAAGUCCAUUGAUCAAGCAAAAUUCUCAAUUGUUAUUCGAAAAUGAUGGGGAUGAUGGGUCGAACAGAAGAUACCAACAUAGUCGUGGAUCUUCCAUUGGAAACACAUCUUCUAUUUACACUGAAAAGAAACAUUCUCGAAAUCCUUCAUCUACAUCAUUUACCAACGCUUUGCAACAAAAGGGAGCGCUCUUCACUAAAACCCAUUCUCGAACAAAUUCGGACUUUAGCGUUGCACAAAAGGAUGCCUCGUGGCGAUAUGUGGACAAGAAUUUUGAGCCUCAUGUAACACAGAAGCAACAAUCAAAGGGGGAUAACGGUCGGUCACUUCCGUCUGCAAAUAAAUCUUUACAGACCCUUGAAACUGGGGUCAAGCCAGAGAAGCUUGAUUUUGACAGAAAAAAUUCAAAUAGAAGAUCCAUAUCCGCGAAAGAUAUGUCUCCAAGUCCCAAAACCAUUGAUCCAAAAAGAAUAGCCUCCGCAGCCGCGGCAUCUGCGAGUAACAAUUCGAAAACUUCCGGGCUUCGUUCCUUCGGCGGCUUAAGAUCUUCCAAGAUAUCGACCUCGGCAUUCCAAGAAGGUAUCAGGAACAUAUCUCCAGAUGAAGCAAUUCGAACAGCGGACUACUCAGGUUGGAUGAGCAAAAGAGGGAACUUGUCAAUAGGUUCAUGGAAACAAAGAUAUUUUACACUUCACAAAACGAGAUUGUCAUAUUUCGGUUCAUUGAAAGACAGACGCGAAAAAGGGCUUAUUGAUAUAACCGCCCACAGAGUUUUACCUGCAGUUGAUACCGAGGACAAACUCAGCACUGUGUACGCGGCAACUACUGGCUCUGGAAGGUAUUGUUUCAAAUUGGUUCCGCCGGCCCCAGGCUCAAAGAAAGGACUCACUUUCACACAGCAAAAGGUUCAUUACUUUGCCGUCGAAACAAAGGAUGAAAUGAGAGGAUGGAUGGCUGCUUUGAUGAAAGCAACAAUCGAACUUGACGAGUCAGUUCCUGCAAUUUCUUCGUGCGUGACCCCUACAAUCCCGCUUCAAAAAGCGCAAGAAAGAAUGGUUGAAGCAAGAGAGAAUGCACGUCUAAAUCUCGAAAAGCUGGAAAAGGGUGAGUGCAUUCAAGAUACGACCACGGAUGAAGACAUGUCACUAAAAUCUAAUAACAUCUCAGCCACCCACACGCCCAUCACUCAACCAUCGACUCAGUUUCAGAGAGUAUCGACAACUCCUACAUCAACAAAUUCUUCCAAUCGCAGACCUUCAGUAAAGGUUGACACUACAACAGGUCUUCCCGAAUCUGGUGCGCUAACUGGCCUUUCAACGCCUUACUUGGUGACUUCGGGAAUCAUGUCCCCUAAUUCGUCGUCGACUUCUGAUCUCAAUUCUCCUGGUUCCGCCAGCCUGAGAGCUACUAAAAACACAGGUAGAAAAAUUCCUACCGCGUCAACCAAUCCUGUUCCGAUGAUAACAAAGCUUGAUACACCGCAAGAUCAAAUUAGCUCUUCUUCAAAUACUGUUUAA